UACCGAAUCGCAGCCGCGCAGUGAAAUAUGGGGGAUCAGGAUGAAUUUCGCUGCUUUAUUGGUAAUUUAGCAUGGUCAACUUCAGAUAGGGGAUUGAAGCAGGCAUUUGAGAAGUUUGGUCAUCUUGUGGAGGCAAAGCUGGGUGCAGGAAAAAAUGGGAAUGUCUGAUCACUGUUCAUGACAAAAUUAUUUAUUGAAUUUACUGAGGGAAGGAAAAGGAAGUGUACUGGUAUCGAUGAUGACCGUGUGUUAAAUAUUGCUGACUAGUGAAGUUCGUAACAUGUAUAUUUCGAAAAGAGGUUCCUUUUAAAAAGAUUAUGUUCAGUGAACUGGGAUGUGACUUGUGAGUAAGCUGGAAUGAGAUGCAUCAUAAGGUUGUGCUUGACAAGGUUUCUGGACGCUCUCGUGGUUUUGGGUUUGUUUCAUUUGAAGAAGAGAGAGCUAUGGAAGAAGCCAUCAAAGCAAUGAAUGGAAUGGAUUUGGAUGGGCGGGACAUUACUGUUGAUAAAGCUCAACCCAACCAGGGAGGUAGAGACAGGGAUGGAUACAGAGACCAGGAUCGUGACAGGGGGCGUGAUCGUGAUAGGGGUAGGAAUCGUGACAGUGGGGGAGGGCGUGGGUCAGGUGGAGACUGUUUCAAAUGUGGAAAGCCGGGCCAUUUUGCUCGAGAAUGCCCCUCUGGUGAAGGAGCUAGAGGAGGGGGUGGUAGAUAUGGUGGAAGGGAUGAUAAGUAUGGAGGUGGCAGUCGCUAUGGCCCUGACCGUAAUGGCGAUAAGUAUAGUGGGCGUAGUAGAGACUCUGGUCGUGACUCCGGCAGAGACUCUGGUCGCGACUCUGGGCGAGACUCUGGCAGAGAUCGUGGCGGAUCAGGAAGUGACAAAUAUGGUCGUGAUCGAUCUGGACCUUAUGAGCGUCCUGCAUCAGGCAGCUUUCGCUCAUGAUUGCUACUGUACUGCAGUUUGCCAGUUCGGAUGGCAUGUUCAAGAUCAAUCCUUUCUUGAUUUGGUCAUUUCAACUGAAGCAGUUGUAGCUAUGUGAGGCUUUUGUCACUAAAGGGUUCUCAUGCUAUCUGACUUUUAUUUUCGUUUAGUUUGUGGAAUUAUGUCAUGGAAUUUUACAUUUUGGAUUGUUGCCCUGUUAAAGAUUAGUUUUGCUUGUUUGAAUUUCGUCCUUGGUUAUGUUGAUAUCCUUAUAUGGGUUGAGAUUAAUACUAUGUGAUCUUACUGUUUUCUAGUA